AUGGAGCAAGGGCUGCGUCCGCCUGAAACUGCUGAAGUUAUGUUCAACAACGGAAAGUUCUCACCAGAGAUCCAUCCAGUUUCUGCACGUCCUAAUAAGCGAAAAAAUUUAAAGGAGUUAUGCGGAUGUUGCCGUCCGGCGAAGAGGUCAAAAGAAUGCUCCUGGAGGCUUCCUUGGUUUAAAAGAAGGAAUGGGCCGGGGCCUCCACCUCCAUCUAAAGUGAAGAAGAAGAGACUGACCAUGCCAUCUCUUUUCUCUUGCUGCAAGAAGAAGAAGAAACCAGAUCAAUUAAAACCACCUGAACCGAACGUCCUCUCUGAGCAUAUUACACCUUCUGAAGCUGCUCCAGCACCUAUGUCACAGGCACAAGCAAAUGACAAAAGAAAUCUCUGCAGAAAAAUAUUUUGUUGUGGCUGUAAGAAAAAAGGACCCAUCCUGGAACCUCCACGAACAGCUCCUAAGAAAAAGAGUUACUGGAGGAAACUGUUGUGUUGCUGCUGUCCAUCCAAAUCUACAGUCCGCCCGAGGCCACAGCAGUCUCAAGAGCUGCUCAAAAAUCGAAGAAAAGAAAUGUCAAAAAGUCGAACGACCAGUAUCCAAUCGGGUUUUUCCAAAUUGGAACAUAGCUUAGUUGAGCAUAGCUCGAUGAUGAGAGCAGCUAUACCAGUUCUUCCAAUAUGCCUUGCCUGGACCUGUCUAAUACUCAAUGUCUUCCUUCCAGGAACAGGAACCAUGACUAGUGGAAUACUUUGUUUAUGUUUCGGCAAACCAAGGUUUUCUGUGAAUGAUACUGCAAUUGCGAGAUUUGGAGCUUUCUGCAUCAACUUGUUCAUCGGAAUAGGUCAAAUAUUUACUAUAAUAUUUUGCCUUGUUGGAUGGGGAUGGAGUAUUUGGUGGGGUGUCAUCAUGCUAAGACUUGCACGUAAGCACAGAAGAAUCAAAAUGGCAGAAAAGGCAAGCCAACCACAAACAUCUAAUCAAAAUCAUGAUAUAGAAAAAGGACGUUGAUAACUUAAUGAUUUUUACUGAACAUAUUUUUGAUAAAACUUCUUUUUAAAAACUAUGU